AUGAACCAUAUCAACUCCGUCCAGAGGACGGCCCCUAUCCCCAUUGCCCCCAAGCCUCCUCGAAUAGAAACCGCCACCCAACGCCAGGAUAGUCUGCGUCGUUUUGAGAUUGGAUCGGGGAGCUUGCAUGCCAGGGCACCAACCGACUCCGCUUCAGCCCCGGCCUCCUCAGCUCCCAUCAACGGUCAAUCGGUGCCGCCCUGCCAGGCUUGUCAAUACUCAGGCACCCGGUGUAUUCUGAGUGAGGAUGAUGAGACUUGUAUGCCGUGCCAAGUCAAUGCCACAGAGUGCUCGCUAUCCUCUUCAACUUCGAGCCCCCAGUCCCGCAAGAGGAGGAUCAACGGGACCGACACACCAUUGGAAAUGAUUGGAAAACGAAGCUCUCCCGGUAAUAGCAUAUCCAGGAGACGGAACCAAAACUCAAGUCUCAGUCUCUCCAGCACGGCCGCUAGCAGCACGUUCCUUGAGGACAUGGCCAACGUUGGUGGUCCCACCAUGCUGAGCAGAACUCUUGGUCUACAGACCGAUCGCUUCUGCCAAUACAUCGGCCCCACAACUGACUUCGAACCGUCUCUCAUCAACCUAUCUUCUUUUGAUCCGCAGGACGAGAGCUUGCUAGCCAGGGGCACUCUACGAAAGGUGAGCGAUAACGAUACCUUCUUGAUGCUCCCAGAUCACAAUACCCCGGGUCACGAGCACGUGAUUCAAGACUUGGACGACAUCGAAGGUAUCGUGGCGCCCCACGGACGAAAGCUGAUCGACAUAUACUUCCGUGUUGUGCACCCUGGAUUCCCCAUUAUCCAAAAGCAUGUCUUCUUGGAGAAGUACGAACGGUCUUAUCGCGAAUUUUCACCCGAAAUCCUGGCUGCCGUGUACCUACUUGCCAUUAACUGGUGGGAGCACGACGAGGAACUCGCCCACUUACCUAGACCCAAUAUAAGGGAACUCGAGAGACUCAUUCGAACUUCGUUAGCGGAUGCCAUCUACAGACCGAAACUUUCAACUGUUCAGGCGGGGCUUUUGCUCUCUCAACGGCCCGAGGGCGACCAAUGGGCACCUACUGCGCAGCUCGUCGCCACUGCGCAGGAGCUCGGGCUCCAUCUGGACUGUUCGGGUUGGAAAAUACCUCCCUGGGAAAAGGGUUUGAGGAAACGACUCGCAUGGGCUUUGUAUAUGCAAGACAAAUGGGGCGCACUGGUCCAUGGCAGGCCGUCGCACAUAUUUUCGGCGAAUUGGGGGGUCCAAAGUCUACGAGCCAACGACUUUCCCGAUGUCGAGUGGGAUGAGGACGAUAUGGAGGAGAAGCAGGACAUCGAACGAGGCAGGCUUGUGUUCACGCGCGUGGUUCAACUGUCCGAGAUCCUUUCCGAGAUCCUCGAAACGUUCUACACACUAAAUGCCGAGCAAAAUGUGACGGAGGCUGGUGCACAGGGAACGCAGCUGGUUCUCUCCCUGGCCAAGCCAAUCCAGUUGAAAUUGAAAGAUUGGUACGGGAACCUUCCAAAUAGCAUUCGACUGGAGUCUUCUUCUUCAACAUACAGCACCUCGAGCCAGAUAAACUCGAACCGGUUUUCCAGCAUUGGGUAUCUUCAUUUGGCAUACUUUGCCGCUGAAAUCACUCUUCAUCGACGGAUUAUCCGAUCUCUAGCAGCAUCUGGGGCAGCUGUGGACCCUUACGUCCAGCACAUCUGCCGAAGCGCCGCCAAGGCCCGAUUGAUCUCGGCCAUGGACUUUGUAAAUCGCAUGGGCCCAAGCCACCUCCGCUCCUUCUGGUACUUUGCUUCCAAAACCAACUUUGCCCUCAUCGGCACCUUUGGCUCUUUGCUAUGGGCCACCUCGCCAGGACGUGAAGAAGCCGAGUGGUAUAGACGUCGGUUGGCAGAAUACCGCUGGACACUUUCGGUCAGCUCCAAGCCAGGUGAAAGCAAAGGCCUGACUGACUUUGCCAUGACUAUGCUGGAUAUCUCAACUGGGCUUCUCAAGCAGCUCCCCGAGAAGCCUUCGAUGAGCAGGAGCGGCAGUGCAGUCGACUUCUCUGCCAUGUCUGCUCCUGGUUCCUUCUCUGGGCCGGGAAGCACCAUGGACAACUUCAGCAACAUCGCAAGUGCUGAUGUUAGCGGGGUUCAGAGCCCCGAAAGUACGAGGUAUAGCAGUGAUGAUGAUAUGGACGAUUAUCCAACGAGAAUGUAA